CAUGAUUACUCUAGAGUAAUAUUUAAAGACUGCUGCUCCUGUUUCCUCUCAAGAGAGGCUUCAUCAACUCAGAUUUUCGCCGGUUAUCACUUUUAAUAUUUUUGUUUCCUAUCCUCGGAGAAAAUGGAGAACUACUUCUGUUCCAGCUCGCAGAGUCCAAGUUCAAUUUCCCCCUUGCCCCUUCUGCUACCUUCAAAUAAAAGCAUUGAUAUGCUCCUACAACUAGAUGAAGCGUCCAGCCGUAUGCAAGGUUAUCAGGAGUUCAACUUCAUUCCCGCAAUGUACCCGGAAAAUUCCAAUAGCCAAUCAGUGAUGCGGAAACAUUCGGAUCCCGGGCUCGGACUGGAGCCGGCCGCAGGUCUUCAGGCACUUGGCCCGAGUGCUUCUUUUUCUACCACAGUCUCGGCCCCUGUGACGCCGACCGGAUCAGUUCCAGAAUCCCUGGGAGAGUGCAACCUUCGCCGCUCAUAUUCUACCGAUAUGACAGGCCAAUCAUGUAUGAAAAGGCGUCUGCAAAAUCGCCAGGCACAACGCCGGUUCCGCCAACGCAAGGAAGAGCGCCAACAGACACUCGAGCAAAAGACAGCUAGUCUCCAGAGCAAGUACCAGGAGCUCUUGGAGGAAUUCAAUAGAAAGUCGCAAGAAGCAUCCGAGACCCGCAGGGAAAAAGAAGCUCUGUCAGCAGAAAUAGAGGACCUACGGAAACGAUGGCGGCUGAUGGUCUUGCUUCUAUCACGACCGAACGGACUCCAGUCCCUGACUAUGCUGCUUGGCAACGGACCAAAUCAACCUUUAUCCGGUACCUCCAUCACGGCCGGCUCUCCAAUGUUAAGCAAUUUUGUCGACUGCUUGCAGCCUUUGCUGGCGCCAAAGGAUGCACCGCAGAUCGCGGUAAAGUAGCAAAAUUCAUUCGCGCGGGGGUUACACCCCCGCUCAUCCGCUAUUUGCCUCUGCUACCCCUUCAGCGAGUUAUAUACCUUAAUGUUCUUGAUCUUUUAGCUAGUUCUAGGUAGCGCGUUAGGAAUUCAGCGUUAAUAGUACGAAA